AUGUUUUCGCCGGUCCUGCUCUCACUUGCGCUGGCGGCACCCGCGCUGGCCGCGGACACGGUCGCGAACCAGUUCAUCCUUGGCGAUAACGGUUUCCUCAUGUACGGGCGGAAUGACCCCAUCAUCUCGCCCGGCCAAGUGGGGCAGCACGUGCACCAGUUCAUCGGGGCGAGCAACAUUCGCGACGUGCUGAACACGCCUGCCGAGCAGCGCAACGCGGUCUGUUCCUCGACCAAGGUCUCGGUCGACAAGAGCUCCUACUGGACCCCCACGCUGUACUACAUGUGGAGCAACGGGACGUACUCGCCCCUAACGUCCAACACGCGCGUGUACUACACGGUCGACAAGAGCGAGAACGGCGUGACGCCCUCGCCCUUCCCCGAGGGCUUGCGCAUGGUCAGUGGCCUCGCCACGUUCCGCGACGAGGGCGCCGAGCAAACCGUGGGCGUGCGCCUCCAGUACAACCGCGAGAAUGGCGAGAAUGAGCGCUUCAUGGCGCGCAAGCGUGCCACGCCGCCGAACCAGGUCAUUGCCUCGAUCACGUUCCCGCGCUGCGGGCGCGCAGACCAGGCGCUCGACUCGGACGACCACUUCUCCCACAUGGCGCACCCCAUCUUCGGGCAGCUCAAUGAGUGGGCCGUCAACAGCCGCAAGUGCCCCGACACACACCCCGUGUGGUACCCGCAGGUUCUGAUCGAGACUCUCUUCGACCUGACCGAUGCCAUGAAGGCGGACUGGAACCCGAACGACUCCAACUUCAUCAUCUCCAACGGCGACGUGACGGGCGUCACUUGGCACGGCGACUUUGUCAACGGGUGGGACUCGCAGGUCCUCGCCGACACUAUCAACCAGUGCGGCGGCGUCGGAGACAACCUCCAGGCGUGUGCGCCGCUGAGGCCCCACCUCCAGGGCGACGAGCGGUACAACUGCCGCCUCCAGGGCCAGAUCCUCAAUGAGGACAUGGGCUUCCUCCGCCCCCUCUCCGCGCUGCCUGGGUGCAACCCGAAGUGGGACUGGGAGGGGCCCACGAGCAAGCCCAACGCCUGCCCCGCCGGCCACAGAGACCCGGGCUGGGUCGACCCGCAAUUCGCCCUCAUCAGCUUCUACAGCCAGGCGUUCCCGCUCGCUGUUCCAGGAUACACGGGCAAUCUGAGUGACGUCCACCUGCCCGACUACGAGACGGCGAGCCGCGGGUACGACGUGCGCACGACCCAGUGGGGCCGCACGAUCAACCACCACAGCCACACGAGCGCCAAUACCGAGGCGAUCGAGUACGUCCGUCCCGAGAGCACGCAGCAGGAGAUCGACGGCAACAACGGCGGCGCACACCCGAUCGUCAACAAGCUCGGAGACAGCAGUGCGUUCUCCGCCACGAGCAGCGGGCAGCGCCUCAGCCUCAUCUCGGACCAGGGCGCGUCAGACGGCGGCCACUACGAGCGCGAGAACAUGUGCUGGGCCCGCCCGAAGCUUGAUUGGAAUCCCGUCCCUUGCGGAGAGUUCAACCGCACCGGGUCGCCGACCAAGCGCGCUCACGCCCGCGACUUCUGCGCGUAA